AAUAUCGCUUCUAUACAUGAUUAAACUAAUUUUUGCAUUGUUGUCCGUUUGUUGCAUUCUAGAAGCUACAUAUGGCUUCAAACAGAAUGGGUAUAAUGUACCUCCCAGGAGUGGAAGGCUUUCCAGAAUCAAAGCAUCAGAUAGCAGUACCUUGCGGGAUAUUAAUGCCACUUCAGUAGAGGAUGCCCUAGAUCUUGUAAGACCACAGAUUGCUGCAGAAGGAGGGCAAGUGUCGUUAGAAGGGAUCAAUGAUCAUGAAAUACUCAUUAAGAUGCACGGUAAGUGCAAAAAUUGCGCAUAUCGCAUGAAAACUGUUAAAAGUGUAAUAGAAGCAACACUAAUUAAGUUCCUAAAGUCUGAAGUGGGAAAGCAAAUUACAGUCAAAGUUGUAGAUGACUAACGAU